AUGGUGCUGGCACGCAACGAGAACUACUGGGGCAAGCAUGCCUACCUGGACAACGUCGUGUUGAAUCUCGCGGGCGGAGUCUCGAUGGCGAUGUACGAGAAUGACGAGAUUGACAUUACCGGUGUGGGCCUGGCCGAUCUGACCAGAGUUCAGGACCCAACCGAGGAGUUGAACAAGGACCUGGUCCGGGUCCCUCCGCACUUCAGUAUCUCUUACGUCGGAUUCAACAUCACCGAACCGCCGUUCGACGACCCCAAAUUCCGUCAGGCGCUCAACUACGCCGUCGACAAGCAGCUCAUCUCUGAACAGGUCUACUCGGACCUCGUGAUGCCCGCCUAUGGCAUUCUGCCUCCGGGCUUCCCUGGCUACUCCGACGAGGUCGAAGGCAUCGGGUAUGACCCUGAAAAAGGCAAAGCAGCUACUUGCAGAGUCGAAGACUUCAUCGACAUCCUGUUCUACUCGGAAAGCUCCGGCAACCACGGCAAAUACAGUAACCAGGAAGUCGACAGACGAGUCGAGCAGGCGAGGACGGAGCAGGACAUCAUCCGACGCGUGAGUGUGACACGACGCUGA